AUGGUGACGUUGAAGCUGACGUCAUCGGCGUUCGACUACCAAGACGGCGAGUACCUCGUGAACAAGGACCUCCCGACGCCGCAGCGCGGCACGCAUCGCCAUCUCAAGGAGCUGCCGUCCGCGUUACAGUACAUGGGUUACAUCUUCUGCGGCGGGUUACAUCUCACGGGCCCGUUCUUCGAGCUCAGACCGUACCUCGACUGGGCCAAAAACCGAGGGGUGUGGUCGCACGAUGCUCGCAAGGCACCCUUCGCGAUCCCGUUGCUCGUCGCACUCGCAUGGGCGACAGCGGCCGGCUUUAUUCACCUCGUCCUGAAGCCGCAGCUCAACUUACCUCUGGUCACCGACCCGAAGCGCUUCUACGCGAUUCCGUACCUCCACCGUUGGGGCCACGUCAUCAUCUCAACGUACGCCGUCCGAUGCAAGAUCUACUAUGUUUGGACGGUUGCCGAGGCGAGCAUGAUCGCGUCGGGAUUAGGGUUCAGCGGUGCGGCGGGGAAUGCGGCGAAAAUCGUGAAGCUCGCUGCGAAGAGCCCUUUGCGAAAGAAUGGAGUGGUAACCAGUGCAAACGACGAAAAUGAAGCUCCUGAAAUCGGCUCGAAAAAAGUUUUCUCCAGCAAAGAUCUCGUUGUCCCCGCUACAAACGGCUUCCUUACCGCGUGCGAGGAGACCAAGGAUGACAUCGCUCUCGCGAAGAUGAACGGGGUGGUAACGGAGCAGGCGAAGGUCGCAGACGUCGCAGAGCCGCGGUUGGUGGCGUCGUGGGAGCGUGCGAAGAACAUCAACAUCGCGGGGGUGGAGCUGGCGAAGGCUUUUAACGCGUACGCCAAGAACUGGAACGUCUCCGUGGGGCUGUGGCUGCGAACAUACAUCUACGAGCGCACGAUCCCAGCGGGGCAGAAGCCGGGCGUGCUGUCGCUACUGCUCACCGUCGGCGUCAGCGCCAUCUGGCAUGGCAUCUACAUUGGUGACUUCAUGUUCGCGUUCAGCGGCGCGUUCCUCAUCAUGGGGUCGCGAGCAUGCCACCAUGCCACCAAUCUUCCAUCUCCGACCCUCUCUCAUUCUCUCCCAUCGUCGCUCACUCCCUUCCUCUCCCAUCCUUCCCCAUCCCCAUCCCUCUCCCCGAUUGCCCCCUCUGGCAUGGCAGUGAUCUACCGCUAUCAGCGCACCAUUCCGGAGUCGCAGUGGCUGUGGGCGACCUUGGUGCAGGCGUUGCACUGCCUCUACUCGUUCGCCGGCCUCAACUAUAUUGCCAUGGGCUUCAUUGUUUUGACAGCAGAGGACACCAUCACAGUGUACCGAGGAUUGAACUUUGUGGGCAAUCUGCUGCCUGUGCUGGUGCUGGGCGGCAACUGGGCACUGCGGAGACUGCACGCGCUGCUCUCGCCGCCCGCCGUCGCUGGUGUUAGCAGCGGUGCUGUGAGCAGCAAAAGAAUCGCAGCUGAAUUGGAGGCGAAGCAGCCGGAGCAGCAGCAGGUGGUGCAGCCUGUGUUGGUGCAUACCAAGGUGGAAUGA